GGCCACCGAACUGGACCAUUCCAAUCAAGCGGAGGCAGCUGAACAACGACGAAUCGAUUCGCAUACCUCCCCUUCGCUUAGCUCCGCUCCUCUCCUCUACCCUGCUCUCUCUGUAAAACCCUAGCUGAAGUUUGAAUUGUUGGAGGACUGGAGCAUUACACCUGAACAGAUCUGCUUGCUAGUGCAGUUUGAAUCGUUGGAGGACUAGAGCAAUACACCUGAAUAGAUCUGCUUGUGGAUAUCAACCCCGGAACUUCUUUCCACGGUUUUUGUCAUCUCAUAUCCAACGAAAUGGCGAUUCAAACAAGCAGGCUCAUUUCCUACUCAGACGAGAUUAUUGGUGGACAGCCAAUUUAUGUGGCUUCAAAUUGCCUUCCUGUGAAGGCUUUAAAAUAUGAACCUGCUGGACAUGCCUUCCAUGCUGCUGCUAUGAAGCUCCUUGGUUGUGAGGAGGAGGAAGAUGUGGAUGGUUCUGAUCAGACUGUUGUCGGGGAUAAAGAGCAGACAAGCAUGCCAUCAUUUGAUUCAUAUAGCAGCAAAGGUAAAAAGAAAGCUGGUUCGGGGAGCAAGCAGCAAGAUCAUUAUGCUUUAUUGGGUUUAAGCCAUCUGAGGUAUCUUGCAACAGAAGAUCAAAUUAAGAAAAGCUACAGAGAGACGGCCCUGAAGUAUCACCCUGACAAACAGGCCGCACUGCUUCUAGCUGAGGAAACUGAAGCUGCAAAACAAGCUAAGAAGGAGGAAAUCGAAAGCCACUUCAAGGCCAUCCAGGAAGCGUAUGAGGCUUUGAUUGAUCCUUUGAAGAGGCGAAUCUACGAUUCCACUGAUGAGUUUGACGAUGAAAUACCUACUGAUUGUGCGCCGCAGGACUUCUUUAAGGUCUUUGCUCCUGCUUUCAUGAGGAAUGGUCGAUGGUCAGUUAGCCAGCCGAUCCCAUCAUUAGGUGAUGAUAAUACACCAGUUAAGGAGGUGGACAAUUUCUACAACUUUUGGUACUCUUUUAGAAGCUGGAGAGAGUUUCCCCAUGCUGACGAGUUCGAUCUCGAGCAAGCUGAAUCUCGUGACCACAAGAGGUGGAUGGAGAGGCAGAAUGCAAAGCUCACAGAAAAAGCUCGAAAGGAAGAAUAUGCACGGGUACGCACUCUUGUUGAUAAUGCCUACAAGAGAGAUCCAAGGAUAAUGAGGAGAAAGGAGGAGGAGAAAGCAGAGAGGCAGAGGAAAAAAGCGGCCAAGUAUCUGGCAAAGAAGUUGCAGGAGGAAGAAGCUGCCAGAAUUGCUGAAGAAGAGAAACGCCGGAAAGAGGAGGAUGAAAAGCGGGCUGCUGAAGCUGCGUUACAGCAGAAGAAGGUGAAAGAGAGAGAAAAGAAGCUUCUACGCAAAGAGAGGACACGCCUUCGUACAAUUUCGGCUCCUAUCAUAUCCCAGCAUUUGCUUGAUCUCUCUGGAGAUGAUGUGGAAACACUUUGUAUGUCCCUUGAUAUCGAGGCGCUGAGGAGCUUAUGUGAUCAGAUGGAAGGCAGAGAAGGCUUAGAACGUGCAGAAAUUCUCAGAAAUGCACGAGGGGGCAAUCCUGACUCGGAGGAUAAAAAACAAGGCGAUAAGAAGAAUGAGCAACCGAAUAGUUCUAUGGAGGCUAAUGGCAGUGUCCCAUUAAGCAACUUUGAGAAGCAGGAGAAACCUUGGGGAAAAGAAGAGAUUGAGCUCUUGAGGAAAGGAAUGCUGAAGUAUCCCAAAGGAACAUCUCAUAGAUGGGAGGUCAUAUCGGAGUACAUAGGUACUGGAAGAUCAGUGGAAGAAAUUCUGAAGGCAACAAAAACAGUGCUUCUCCAAAAGCCGGAUGCUUCCAAAGCUUUCGAUUCAUUUCUUGAGAAAAGGAAACCAGCACAGUCAAUUGUAUCUCCACUUACAACUAGAGAAGAAGUAGGAGGGACAGUUACCCACACAGCUGAAAGCACUACCGUCGAGAUGGAUAAUGGAGAGGCAUCUUCGAGAAAACUUGCGAAUAACCAGAAUCGCGAUGAUUUGGUUACUGAAAACGGCAGUCCUUCAAGUUCGGAACAAGAUGUUUGGUCUGCUGUUCAAGAAAGGGCACUAGUACAGGCACUAAAGACUUUCCCUAAGGAAACCAAUCAGAGGUGGGAGAGAGUGGCAGCUGCAGUUCCUGGGAAGACUGUGAACCAAUGCAAGAAAAAAUUUGCACUGCUGAAGGAGAACUUCAGAAGCAAGAAAAACACGGCAUAAUGUGCCGCAUCCCCUUGCGGACUUAUAGAAGCGCAUGUGGAGAUUGUCAGUCUCUGGAUGUACCCUGUGAGGUCAUAUUCUUCUCUUCUCAUGGCAGGAAUUCGAUUUCUGAAAUCCAUGUCACGCAAGAAGAGCAUUUUUUCCUGAGGAAUCAUUUUUGACAUACCUUUAUAGGCAACAAUAUUAGUACAGAGGGGCUCUGUGCAUGGAAGUUUUCUAUAGCCCCAGUUUAUAGAAGCUUCUUGAUAAUUAUGUACUUCCGACAGUCGAUUAGCAUACACUUUGGAAAGGGACUCCAGGCGAAGUUAGUUGGCAUGAUAUGAGCAUUAUGGAAUUAUUCGGUCUGCUGCGAGGUUUUGAAGCAGAUGCAGAUGCCUUUUGAGUUUAUAGCAAUACUGGUUUCUUCUUUCGCUCGUCUGAUGAAUUUUUGUACUGACAUUUUAUAGUUAACCAUUUCCAUUUUAAUGCUGUGAAACGCCGAUUCUAUGGUGAUGUUCCGGUCAAUGUAAGUGAUGUCACCUGGAAAAGAGAUGCUGCAUUUAUUUUUUGUUGGCGCAGGAGCUUGCCGCUAAUCUCUGUGUGGAAGUGGAGUUAUUUGACCAA